UGCAUUCACUUCCUCCCAAUCAUCCGUUUGGCUCUGCACGGAUUCUUCACCUGCCAAUUGACUUUUGUAGAUACAUCAUUUAGACUCGUCUUUUCAGACUAUACUAUUUCAUGUUAAGAUUUGGGCAUACUUCUUUCUUCGUGUAUCUCUAUAAUACUCAAAAUGGGCAAAAAGAAGAACAAAAACAAUGGCACUGAUGCCGCCUCAAGUGCACCAUCAAAUGUGCUCACUACGACGUCGACUAUCGUAGCGGACCCCAUACUUGGCUACAGAAUCCGAGUUCUUCUCCACGAUUUCCUCAACGUCGCCAAAGAUUCUCAUUCAGAGAAACGCCUCAACUCCACAAUCGAUGAACACUAUAUCAGUGCUCCGUAUUUUGAUGAGGGACAAGCUGCGAUGGUCAAAGCUGCGAUUAUAGAUGUUGACCUUGUCAAGCAUGCUGAAGCUGCCGAUACUGAAGAUCUUGAUCAGGCUUUGAGCUCACAACGAGGAAAGAGUUUUGAAACCGCAGUUCGAGCACUUUUGGAAAGUUUCAUCGACAAACGACGUGCCAGUGGUGAUGCUCGACCAUGCGGACCUCAUCACUUGGCACCUUUGUAUGCCAAGUUCUUUGGUAUUGAUUUGGAAGAACUCAAGGAGAAUAAGUUCUUGAGUCGUCUGAGGAGAUCUGGCAUCUGAAUCAGAGCGGUAUAGACACUCUAAACUCUUUAAUAGGAUGACCUAAAUACCUACUGACAGCUUAUUUUAGGAUCGGAUCUUACGUCUCGACAUGUG